UGAUAUACGUCGCCGCUAUCCCAACCACUCACUGUCAUCAGGAGGACAUCCCAGCGUGUUCAUUCCAAGCAUAUAUUAGCAAAACAGAAGGCAUUGUCGAGCCACGCCCAACAAAGCUAUCCCUUCCUCCACAGUCAUCAAAAGUCCAGCCGUUAAUGGGCAUCGAAAUACCGAUCAAAAAGACAUCGAAAUUUCCACCUAGACAACUUCAAGUGAAUUCUCCAGUCGUUACAUACCCAUACAAUGACCUCUCUAGAUACACACACAAACUAUGAAUACGGUCUCGACAAGGAAAACCGAACUCGGAAAGAGUUUCCCCGGUCUACACCCCCCCAGACGCCACUAUCCAGGACGUCAUUUUCACAGCUCAAUCGCUCGCCGGUAAAGGGACGCGAGGAGAUACUACUGAUCAUAGAUAUAUACUCUUCGAAGCCAGUGAAAAAUUCUGCUCCGCCCAAGUCUUCUGGGAUACAAUUGAGGCCAUAUGGCACACAGAGAAAGGGAACACCCCAGAUAACAUUUGGCACGCCUCAGAGAGCUCUUGUCCAGGCAAAGUCUUUCGGACUUUCACAGACGUUUGAAACCCCUCAGGUAACCUUUGGAUCCCAGACUCCUUUCACCUCAUAUGCCGAUCCCUUCCACCCCCAGCAUAGUGGCGAACGGUUGCAGAUCUACGAAGACCCCGACCUGAGCAGAAGCAAACUCGGCAGCGUCAACUCCCUCGUGAGUAAUUGGUCGAUGACGCUACCUGAACCCAACGUUUCCGUCUCGGGGUCGCCGUUAAGGUCCAAAUUCGGUAGCAUUUAUUCCAACUCCUCUCGGCGAACCUCUCACGGACAAACGGUCCUUUCUGAAGCCUCUUUUGACUUUGGAACCCCAUUUAUUAUGGAAGAGGAUGAUGAUGAUUCGCUUUCCACCGCCUCGGAAGCCUCGUCAGUCUACCAGACUCAUCCCUACACCGGCCAUUCCCCGUCGUCGCUGGCUCACGAAGAAUCCCCUGAGACGGAGUUGAAAAAGUCUGGGGGGGUUCCUGAGUUUGCAUCGAACGCCGAUCUCGCAAGUAUUGGACUUUUACACGAUAAUCUUUCCGAGACAGCGUUGCCGAGGAGUGAUCCCUGUGUGAGACACUCUCUCGUGAUUGAAGAUGAGAUGCCGUUGAAUGCAACCGAUGUCUCUUUGUCCAAGAGGAAUUCCGGGUUUUCUGCUGGUCCAGAAAAUGUGGCUGUUGCUUUGGAUUUAAUAGAUGAAUCUGUUGUUAUGGAGCGUUUCAGCGCGGUUUACAUGGGAAGUGCGAACAGAUCACAGAGACCAAGGGGGUACAGGGAGGCCGGAGGUUCGGAAGGGGAGCCACCGAUAGACGGAGAAUCAAACCAAGAUAGAGAAUCAAAUCAACAGAAAGGAUCCAAAGGUGGGGCCUACCCCGAAGAUACAAGACGUCCCGGGGAUGAGAAUCCCGAUAGAAGUACAGAAAAUAACAACCCAGGAGAUGGAGGGAAUGGGGAAAGCGGGGAUGGAAAUGGAAAUGGGAGAGGAAAUGGGAGAGGAAAUGGAGGGGACGGAGGAACCCCCAACCACCCCUUCACGCCCAACACCACCGCCUCGUCGGAUUCCCGAAUCCUCUCCACAGACAGCAUAUUAAUGUCGGCUGGAAGUUUUAGACAGUUCCACCUUCAGCCGGACCGCCUGUCGCAGGUGCCAACCGUGGAGGAUGUGCGACUUCCGCGCACGCGAACGCAUACGCGCGAACCCCCUCCGCGCGACUCCUCCAUCUUUGCAGUCAGUCGUGAAUUGGACCGUGAGCGCUUGGACUGGCAGCUAUCUGAAUUCACUAAACGCGCCAGUGUCACCCAAUCGGUGGAGACCGCUGAGUUGUACCACCCGUACCUCGAACCGGAGGAAGCCUCACCCAACACCACGAGUCUAAGCGAAGUCACCAAUUACCCCCCAGUUAUGUCGUCCCGGUCAAUUUCCAUUAAGCCUGUUGUGGCGGGCAGCAACGUGGUGAAGCUAGUUAACUCGGAAAGCGGGGCCAUGGAGGAAAAUUUCGGCUCCGUUCCGGUGUUGCGCCACUUUGGCAGCCAGCGGAGCUUGCGCCCCCACAGCUUUGCUCUGGUUGUCCGUCUGAGCCAUCUGGAUAGUCAUCUGGACCUAAACUUCGGUCUGACGGACAGCGACCAAAAUUCCGGUCGCUACGCUCUGGACACCCCCCACAGACGUUCCCCCUCGCAUACCAGACCUGUGAGUUUCCGCAAAAGCCGUCCAGGAACCCCUAAGUUACUAUUCCACGGCGUAGAGGGGGAUCUUAGCAGUCCUAAACCGGCUUAUAGCGGCACCUCUCCCAACCACACCCACUCAGGCAGAUAUACCAAUCCGAACGUGACAACUGAGUCUUUAAUGACGGUAGAAACCGCCGCGGUGAUGGGCCAGAACAUGCCCAUGUACCUGGACCACAGUCCGCCGUAUUCCAUCAAACGUGGGGUGCUGUUUGCGCGCAACUCCACGCCUCCUCACUUUCUCGCGCCAAUUCCGCUGGAUGAGAGCCUCCCGAAGGCAGAGCCAAAGACGUACUCCGAUAUUGAGUCAUACCACUCGGGCCACUACGAUUUCUACGAUAUGUACUACCCGAAACACUCAACCUUCUACCGCGACCAUAUCUCGUCCACCACCUUCGUGGCCAUCAUGGUGUUUGCGUUGGUGUGUCCCGUAUUGUAUAUGAUGGUUUAUUUGGGGUCGUUUGAGCGCAGCUUUGGGCAUUUUUCCGCCAGACAGCGCAUGCUAAGCUUUGUGUUUGGCUGCGUGUACACUGCUGUGGCCCUUGGGUGUAUAGGGAUUAUCGUCGGGGUGGGGGUAAGGUGACAGUCUUAAGGUAUUGUAUCUAUAACCCGUUUUGUGAUGCCUGACGUAUCUGGUCGUUGCCUUCCCGUUGGGAAUAUUCUUAAGUGUUCUUGAGUAUAUAAGUAACGUAAGAAUAUUCUAAAAUCUCUAGAGUAGGGAGACGCUAAUCUUCAGACCGAAGAAAAAUAGAUCAAAGGUAACUUCCCUAGGGGGGUCGUGCAAUUCUAGCCAUGCCUAAACGCUCUAUUGACAAGAAU